UCGCGUGCAUAUUAUUACUGCCUAACAACGCCGCAGACGUGUUUAGCUGCGAAUGAAUGGCUGUGUCGCGUGUACUACACUGAAAAUGAUACGAAGAUAAUUUACCGGUUUCUUUAAUCGUUUUUCUUAUCAAAGGCUUAUUAGUUCUUUUUUUCUAGUUCUAAUUAAUGUGUCGUGAAGUAAACUAACUUGUCAGUUUAGUGGUGUUGGAAAAUUUUCAAAAGUGAAUCACUGAGAAAAUACGUAUACAAUUUGAAGUUUGUUUGGAAAUUAUCGCUGUGUCGGUUGUGUUUGGCUGCCGAAGCUCGAAUGCGUCUAUUUUUAAAGUUGCAUGUACUUCGCCGGCUCCGUUCAUCUCGAGAAGGCAAAAUAGGACACGAUCGUUGAGUCAGUACGUCGAGUCGAUUUUUUUGACUGCCGGCCAGUUUCCGAAAAACCUGAAAAGCGGACAUAUUUUCGAGGGAAAAAACCCCCAACACGAAUUUCCACCUCUCAAACGAUGAAAGUUUUACGCGAUGUGUGAUUGAAUAAAAAUAUAAAAGUUCGACUUGGAUCGAUUGUGUGUUUUUUUUACAAGUUCGAUUUCAAUUUUUCGAGUAUAAUGUCGAGAAAAUCGUGUAGUGAUGGUGCGUUUGGUUGGCGAACGUUUCGCGUAAUUUGUUCGAUUCUGGUUAUUUUCGUGGUUAAUUUUAUCGAAGCUUUUAAUGUGGAUUUACCAAGUGCUGUUUUAUACCAUGGUACUAGUCAAUCGAUGUUUGGAUUCACCGUCGCUGAGUACAAAGAAGACGGCAGAAGCUGGGUACUGAUCGGUGCUCCGGAGGCUCCAGAUUCGCAUUUCUCGCUAGAAGAGGCUGAUUACAGAGGAGGAUCUGUGUACGCUUGCGAUGUGAGGGAAAACGACAGAUGUAGUUCGUUGAGAUUUCCACUUGGUGGCAGAACUGGUAACUUGAAACCUGAUUAUAAAGGAAGACAAUGGCUGGGAGCUACUUUGACCACUGCAGGACCCAAUGGAGCUGUACUGGCAUGUGCUCCUCGUUACUAUUGGUUUACACCGAAUAAAAACAGUAGCGCAUUUCGUGAACCUGUUGGAUCAUGUUAUUACUCCGAGAAGGGAUUCUCCAAUUUCACCGAAUAUUCGCCAUGUCGAAUUAACACGAGAUCUUCGUUUGGUUACGGUAAACUGGGAUCGUGCCAAGCUGGCUUCAGUGCAACCAUAUCAAAGGAUUCAAACAGAUUUUAUUUGGGGGCUGUCGGCAGUUAUUAUUGGCAAGGUCAAUUAUUCUCAAUGCAUAAGAUUUUAAAACUACCGUACGCGUACGACGAUCACGAAAUAUUAUUCGAUGAAACAGGACGUCUGAUCGCUCGUAAUUUCCGAGGCAGGCCGGAAUUUAUGUCAACGGAAGAAGGUCCAAAACACACAGACGAUAGUUACAUGGGAUACGCUGUGACCAGUUUGGAUUUCUAUGGCACGGUGAUAUCGGGAGCUGCUGUGGGUGUCCCACGUGCGGAUCGAUUACUCGGAAAGGUUAGGAUAUUCACGUGGAAUAUGAUCAAUUUCAAGAACUUGACUGGUGAACAGUUCGCUGCAUAUUUUGGGUACUCCAUUUGUACCGCUGAUGUGGAUGGAGAUGGAGCUGAGGAUUUGAUUGUUGGAGCACCGAUGUACUCGACUUUCCAAUCGAAUGAUUACGAAACUGGCAGAGUUUACGUUUAUUAUCAAGGCAACGAGUUGUGCGCGUCGUUGAACUCGACUUGUGGGGAUAGUAAAUUCAGCAGGUGGAAUUUCAUCAAUGGUGAACAUACUAAAGGACGUUUUGGUUUAGCUGUAGCUUCCGUGGGCGAUAUAAAUCAAGAUGGAUUUGGAGAUUUCGCUGUAAGUGCUCCGUACGAAGGAUCAUUCUCAGAAUGUCGAGAUCAACGUACCAAAGCCUCGAAUACAGGAGCUGUUUACAUUUUCCAUGGUUCAAGAUACGGUAUAAGGAGCAAAUACUCGCAGGUGAUCAGGGCCUCAGAUGUGUACCAACAAAACCAAGUGUCAUCUUACCUGAACACUUUUGGUUACUCGUUAUCUGGUGGAUCGGAUCUGGAUGAUAAUUUAUACCCUGACUUGGUGGUUGGAGCUUAUGAAUCAGAUGUCGUUUAUUUAUUCAGAUCUCGACCAGUCAUUCAACUAGUCGCCAAUUUCUCAUUCGCCACUACCAAGAAAGCCAUAGGACUGGAUGAGUUCACAUGCCAAUUACGAGGCAAUAUCUGGGUUCCUUGCGUUACUCUGCAAAUGUGUCUAGUCUACGAUGGUAUCGGUGUGGAAUCCCAAAUUGAACUCUGGGUAAGAAUUACGCUCGAUUCGAGGAACCCGAAAGCCUCCAGAAUGUUUUUCUUAGAGAAAGACGAAGCAUACAGUGCCACGAAUAAAGAACCAGAUCGUAUUUUCCAAAAUCGUCUUCGUCUCUACAAAGGUACAACUCUGUGCAGGAAUAUGACCACGUAUGUGGCUCGUCUCAGUGCAAAUCAAGACAAAUUGACUCCAUUAGAAGCUGAACUAAAAUACGAAUUGGUCGAAUUGGGCCCCAGAAGACCAAAUGUGCUUCCUAGUAUAUUGAACAUGGACGACGAAACACCUCUGACGAGGAAGGACUUUCUAAGCAUUAAAAACAAUUGCGGAGACGAUAACGUUUGCAUUCCUGACUUGCACAUGUCGAUUAAUUCGAAUGUGGAUCAAUAUGUACUGGGAUCUGGACAUCUUUAUUUCAAUGUUUCUGUGAUCAACGAUGGAGAAGAUUCAUUUGGUAGCACGUUCAAGCUGAGAAUACCUCAAGGUGUUAAUUAUUCGAGAUCAGAGUUGAUCAGUUCGACUUCUAGUGAUAUUGCCAUUUACUGCUCGGUUCCUAAUUUCAUGAACAAUAACACGAUUACUUGCGAUAUUGGCAAUCCUUUGCCGAGAAGAAAAAUGGUGAACUUCAGCGUCAUACUUGAACCGAAUAAUGAAGUUGAAGAAUCAAGAUUUGAAUUCUGGGCCAACGUAAAUAGCACAAAUUCCGAAUUGAGUAAAACUAUGGCAGAUAACGAGAAAUCAUUCUAUAUUCAAAUUGUGGAAAAAACUAGUCUAACUAUUGAAAGCUCGUGCACACCAAAGGAGGUUUAUUACAACAUCUCACAAUACAAUUUCGAAGACAUUCAGUCGGAUAUCCAAGCAGGACCAUUCCUGAAACACGAAUACGUGAUUAAAAAUUCAGGUCCUUCAGAGAUAACUGAAGCAACAGCAGUAUUUUAUUGGCCAUUGAAAAUUGCUUCAGGCGAAGAUUUGCUAUAUCUGAUCACCGAGCCAGAAACCAGAGGUCCAAUCGUAUGCGAUAAAAUCGUAAAUCCAAAUUACAGACAACUCGAACUCAGACGCAAAUUCAGAGACGACGAUACCAGCAGCUCGCAAGAAUCAUGGCAGACAGGAACUUCGUGGCAAAAUUCCGGAUCAACCCAUAGCCAAGAAACGUACUACACUCAAGGCACCAAAGUCACUCAAUCAGGCUCAAUAAAUGAUAUCCCAAGACCAUACGGUACCGGAAACAAAGGUCCCGAGUACACAAAGAAUGACGGUACCUUCCAAACAGGCAGUAUAGGGUUAAACAACAACCAGGGUGGUAAUUCAUACCAGCAAUCGGGUCAGAACACUUACACGUAUCAGCAAACCGGCCAAACAGGGGUCUACCAGGGUGGUCAAGUAUACCAAGGAGGCUCAUCUCAAAAUAAUCAAGGAGGAUAUUACGGAAACGUACAAACCAAUCAAGGAGGCUACGUGCAAACUGGCCAAGGAGGUUACACCAAUGUAAACCAAGGCAGUCAAGGAGUCUACACUGGUACUGGCCAAGCUGGUCAAGCUGGCCAAGGAAUCUAUACCGGGGGAGGAAGCCAAGGCAGCUAUUCAGGUAGCCAAAACACUUACAGUCAAUCUGGUAGCCAAAACACAUAUACGAGCCAAUCAGGCCAAAGUUAUUCGGGUGGUGCUCAAGGUGGAUAUUACGGUACGUACCAAGGACAAGGAGGCUCUUCGGUAAAUUAUGGCAGCGGAGGCGGAGGCGGAUACCAAGUACAAGGUUCGGGUACUGGAAAUCGUCAGAAUUUGAAUUCAGUCCACGAAUCUGUAACCAAUUACACCAAGUCCACAAACUUCGACGGUAAUAAUCCCAACACUUAUACUGAAACGAAGUGGUGGACCAAUGAUAACGGUGUGGUCAGAAAUGGAAGCUAUUCCAACGUCAAUAAUGGUUUAGCUUAUGAUACUAACAUUCCAUUGAAUACCGAUAAGAAAACUUUCUUCAGUGAUAAACAAGGUGGUGGAGCUACAUACUACAAUCAAGGAGGUUCGAGUUCAUCAUCAUCAUCAUCAUCAUCAGGUGGUAGCAUCGACUUGAAUACCCUCAAAGGAGCCAAUAUUCAUAAAGUGUAUGAUCCGGCUACUGGAACUUAUAUUACAACCAUCGAAGAGAAAAUAACCAGCCUCGAUCCUGAUGUUAAGAAAAGACUCGAAGAAACUGGCAGCAUUUAUCAUGUCAAAUCUGAAAAUACUCAAAUCGUGAACCCCCACAAAGUUACCUAUGGACCUGUAACCUUCACCGGAGAUAUAUCUCCGAGCAGAAUGAGCACCAGAAGCAACAAAUCUCCUGAUUCCAUUCUCAUUAACGACGAUGGCGAUGACGAUGAUGACGAUAACAAAGACGAAGAUGAGGAUGAAGAUGAAGAUGAUUCGUCCAAACCGCUACAUAGAAGAAAACGACAAGUAUUUGGAGGUUAUGUGGAUAACAGUUUUUGCGCUUCGGCUCAAUGCAUCAGAGUUCAAUGUGUUAUUAGACGACUGAAAGCUGAACAAGAAGCUACCGUCACAUUCCCAUCUAUUGUGUGGGUCAAGACUAUACAAAAAAUUGCUCUCUUCAGACCAGUGCAAGUGGGUUCCUAUGUCGAAGUCAAUAUCACAAAACUUCCACACAUUAGAGCACAAGUAUCGAAUGUCACUUACGUAUCAGAAGUGCUGACAAACGUCACAUCAUUAGAUUAUGGUAAAACCCCACCGGAUGUAAUACCUCUUUGGGUAGUUGUUGGAUCAGCAUGUCUGGGCGCACUUAUCCUCAUGUUAUUAGUCUAUUUAUUAUACAAGAGCGGUUUCUUUAAAAGAAAUCGUCCACCAAUGAUGCCAGAAAGACAACCUUUGAAUAGAAAUGGACAGUAUCAUUUAGGAGAUGAAGCACUAUAGAGAAAGUAUCGAAUUUAUUUUCCUAAUGAUUCUUUCUUUUGAAGUUCCCAGAAGAUCUAUUGCAACGUUUGCAAUACGAAUAUGUACUUUUUUUUAGAUGUCUUUUUCUUUUAUAAUAUUGUUUAUACCAACGUUUCUAUUCUCGUCUCGUUUUAUGUAUUAAAUUUUAAGAGCUCCGGUGAGAUGAUUCCAAAAUGCUUUUUUAAAUGUGUAAUUUUGAAAGGAAAAAAAAUACGAGCAACUCGUCAUUUGUUUUUAUUGCACCAAAUCAAGACUGUUACUGACAUCAUUUUUUUAGUCAUUUUUUUUUUUAAUAAUCACGUUCUAUUUAUUGAACCUAACUCUUUUUAGAUCUAUAAGGUUUAUUCUCGUGUGGAUAUUUUCAUGUUAUUUCUUUUUUUUUAAUUUCAUUUUUUUUAUCUUUGUUAUUUAUGAUUGAAGAAGAAUGGUGCUAUUUUUUUCACUUAUUUUGACGUAAUUUAGAAGUCAAGUUAAACGAGUUUAUGUGCAUUGCAUUUAUUCAAUUUUUUUUCUCACAUCAAAUUGAUGCAUUAUUAUUUCAUUAAUUAUUUAAAUCAUUCAUGGUCAGAAAAAAAAAAUAUUCACAUUUUGUUUACGCCUUUGUCUCAUUAGCCAAUCUGACGUGGCUUAACUUUCAUUAUGAAACUACCAAUUUAAAAUAAGUUUAAGGAAUAAGCGGCCUUAUAAUGUUAAUUUACUUAUUUGCAAUUACCUACUGUUUUUUUUUUGUUUUUUUUUCAAUCAUGUAGUUUUUGUUCAUCUUCUUCGAACAACUUAGAAAGAGGAUCUAUUUACUUACAAAAAUAUAAUGUGUUCAAAAGAAUAAAUACAAAGGGUACUCUUUUUUUUAAAAAAAAAACUAUUAAUACUUUAUUGUGAUAAUAAUUAAUAAGCUGUAUUUGAUAAUUGUAAGAUAUAUGAUUUGUGUACUUUUUGUAAAAUAAUUUUGUGUACUUCGUUAUCGUGUGCCAUAAGCAUAAAAAAUUGUUGCAAUUUUGAAAGCUAAAACUAUCGAUUUUGAGAAGUCAUUUAGUACUAAAAUGUUGACUAAUUUAUAAAACUGGACAAAAGCAGACGAUAAUUUAAUUUUGCGAUUCUCAUCGUUAGUCUAAUUUAUAUUGUACCUUAUUAUAUGUAUGUACAUUACGGAUUGUACAAUAUUUGUAAUAUUGCUACGAAGUAUUUUCUUUUUCAAGUAUUUAACAAAAAUGCAUUUCUUUUUCUUGAAUAUUUGUGAUAACUACUCUCUCCCACGGUAUUAAUUUUUAGCUUAAUAAGAUAGGUUUUUUUUUAUGUGCUUGUGUAAAGUUGUGUUAUGUUUUUAACGUUUAAAUUAACAGAUUACCUACCAUGCAAAUGUUGAUUUUGUAUACUUUUUUUUUUUUUUUGUAAUUCUCUAGUAGAAUUUUAACUAUUGAA